GGCGGGGGGGGUUUGUCUCGAGACCGCAGCCGCGGGGGGUCUCCCUCUGGAAAGAGAAAGGAGGGAGGGAAGGAGAGUUGGCGGAGAGAGAGAGAGCGCUCGCUCCCCACCAACACCACCGGCAACGGCGAGAAAAGGGAGCGCGCGCAUGCGUACGCGCGAGAAAGAGAGCGCCUCAGCCCUGUGAGGGGGACCGCGCCAGCCGAGGCUCCUGAGGCGAGCGAGAGAGAUGCCCGCCGUUCAGAAGACCGUGUCGGAGCUGCGGUCUAGAGCGGAGGGCUAUGAGAAGACAGAUGAUGUUUCGGAAAAAACCUCAUUAGCUGAUCAAGAAGAAGUGAGAACUAUAUUCAUCAAUCAACCACAAUUCUCUAAGUUCUGUAGCAAUCACGUCAGCACUGCAAAAUACAACGUUAUCACAUUCCUGCCUAGGUUCCUCUAUUCCCAGUUCAGGAGAGCUGCUAAUGCCUUUUUUCUUUUCAUUGCAUUGCUUCAGCAAAUUCCAGAUGUUUCUCCAACAGGACGGUAUACAACAUUGGUUCCUCUCUUAUUUAUUUUAGUUGUAGCAGCAGUCAAAGAAAUAAUAGAAGAUAUUAAAAGGCAGAAAGCUGAUAAUGCUGUGAAUAAAAAGGAAAUACAAGUAUUGAGAAAUGGAGCUUGGGAGAUUGUACACUGGGAAAAGGUUGCAGUGGGGGAAAUAGUGAAGGUGACCAAUGGGGAGCAUUUCCCAGCUGACCUCAUCAGUCUGUCCUCAAGUGAACCUCAAGCUAUGUGCUACAUUGAAACAUCAAAUUUAGAUGGUGAAACUAAUUUAAAAAUACGACAGGGCUUACCACUGACCUCUGAUAUAAAGGACAUUGACAACUUGGUGAGACUUUCAGGCAGAAUUGAAUGUGAAAGUCCUAAUAGACAUCUCUAUGACUUUGUUGGAAAUAUUAGACUAGACAGCCAUGGGACUGUCCCACUGGGGCCUGACCAGAUUCUUCUGCGUGGUGCUCAGCUCAGAAAUACACAGUGGGUUCAUGGAAUCGUGGUUUAUACAGGACACGAUACAAAACUUAUGCAGAACUCAACAAGCCCACCUCUUAAGCUGUCUAACGUGGAAAGGAUCACAAAUAUACAAAUUCUGUUUUUGUUCUGCAUUCUUAUUGCCAUGUCUCUGGUUUGUUCCAUUGGUGCAGCUAUAUGGAAUCAAAAGCACGAGGGGAGAGACUGGUACAUCAGCCUAACCUAUGGUGGAGCUAAUAAUUUUGGACUCAAUUUCCUGACAUUUAUCAUUCUCUUCAAUAAUCUAAUUCCAAUCAGUCUGUUAGUUACACUGGAAGUUGUCAAAUUUAUUCAAGCAUAUUUUAUAAAUUGGGAUAUUGACAUGCAUUAUGAACUUACAGACACUGCUGCCAUGGCACGUACAUCCAAUCUUAAUGAAGAACUUGGCCAGGUCAAAUACAUCUUUUCAGACAAAACAGGUACCUUGACGUGCAACGUUAUGCAAUUUAAGAAGUGUACCAUAGCAGGAAUAUCUUAUGGCCAUUCUCCUGAAUCCGAUGAUUUUGGCUGUACUUUGGAUGAGUGCCAGAGUCCACAAGCAAAGGAAGAAAAAACAUUUAGCGACCCAUCAUUACUGGAAAACCUGCAAAACAAACAUCCAACGGCCCCUAUCAUUUGUGAGUUUUUGACAAUGAUGGCAAUUUGUCACACAGCUGUCCCAGAAAGAGAAGAUGACAGAAUAAUUUAUCAAGCGGCAUCUCCAGAUGAAGGAGCAUUAGUCAGAGCAGCUAAGCAUCUCCAUUUUGUUUUUACUGGAAGAACGCCAGACUCUGUCAUUAUAGAAUCUCUGGGUCAAGAAGAAAGAUACGAAUUGCUGAACGUGUUAGAAUUUACAAGUUCUAGAAAAAGAAUGUCUGUGAUUGUGCGUACACCAUCCGGAAAAUUAAGACUCUACUGCAAAGGAGCUGACACAGUUAUUUGUGAUCGUCUGGCUGAAAAUUCAAGAUACAAAGAAAUUACCUUGAAACAUUUAGAGCUGUUUGCUACUGAAGGUCUGAGGACCCUCUGUUUCGCUGUGGCUGAGAUUACAGAAAGUGAUUAUCAGGAGUGGCUGAACGUGUAUCAAAAAGCUACAACCUCUAUCCAAAACAGAGCUCUGAAACUUGAAGAGAGUUAUGAACUAAUUGAAAAAAAUCUCCAGUUACUUGGCGCUACAGCCAUAGAAGAUAAGCUUCAAGAUCAAGUGCCUGAAACCAUCGAAACACUAAUGAAAGCAGAUAUCAAAAUUUGGAUUCUUACUGGAGACAAGCAAGAGACAGCUAUUAAUAUUGGACAUUCAUGUAAACUCUUGAAAAAAAACAUGGGGCUAAUUGUCAUAAAUGAAGGCUCCCUUGAUGCAACAAGAGAGACCUUAACCCAUCACUGUGGCACCCUGGGUGAGGCUUUGAGGAAAGAAAAUGAUUUUGCACUAAUCAUUGACGGCAAAACAUUAAAGUACGCUUUGACAUUCGGUAUAAGGCAGUAUUUCUUGGAUUUGGCUCUGUCCUGCAAAGCUGUCAUUUGUUGCAGAGUUUCGCCUUUGCAGAAAUCUGAUAUUGUACAAAUGGUUAAAAAACAGGUAAAGGUAGUGACAUUGGCCAUCGGGGAUGGAGCGAAUGAUGUCAGCAUGAUACAAACGGCACACGUAGGUGUUGGCAUUAGUGGAAACGAAGGCCUCCAAGCUGCUAAUUCUUCAGAUUAUUCAAUAGCUCAGUUCAAGUACUUGAAGAACCUACUUCUGGUCCAUGGUGCCUGGAAUUACAGUAGAAUUGCUAAAUGCAUUUUGUAUUGCUUUUACAAGAAUAUUGUCCUUUAUAUUAUUGAGAUAUGGUUUGCAUUUGUUAACGGAUUUUCUGGACAGAUACUGUUUGAAAGAUGGUGCAUAGGACUUUAUAAUGUGAUGUUUACAGCUAUGCCUCCAUUGACGCUUGGAAUAUUUGAGAGAUCCUGCCACAAAGAAAAUAUGCUAAAAUACCCUGAAUUAUACAAGACAUCCCAAAAUGCUCUGGAUUUCAAUUCAAAGGUUUUCUGGAUCCAUUGUUUAAAUGGCCUCUUUCAUUCAGUAAUUCUGUUUUGGUUUCCGCUAAAAGCCAUCCAGUAUGAUACUGUGUUUGCCAGUGGUAGAACUUCAGACUACUUACUUUUGGGAAAUGCUGUAUAUACAUUUGUGGUCAUCACUGUGUGCUUAAAAGCUGGAUUGGAGACUUCAUAUUGGACUUUGUUUAGUCAUAUAGCUAUAUGGGGCAGCAUUGUACUCUGGAUAGUAUUUUUUGGCAUCUACUCUUCUUUAUGGCCAGUCAUUCCUAUGGCACCGGAUAUGUCAGGGGAGGCGGUGAUGUUGUUCAGCUCUGGAGUCUUCUGGAUGGGUUUAUUUAGUAUUCCAGUGACAGCACUGAUAUUUGAUGUAGUAUAUAAAGUAGUGAAGAGGGCGGCAUUUAAGACCUUAGUAGAUGAAGUUCAGGAGUUGGAAGCAAAAUCACAAGAUCCAGGAGCAAUUCUGCAUGGGAAAAGCUUAACUGAAAGAGCUCAGCUAUUGAAAAACGUCUUUAAGAAAAACCACGUCAACUUAUACCGCUCUGAAUCUUUGCAACAAAAUCUGCUUCAUGGAUACGCUUUCUCGCAAGAUGAAAAUGGAAUCGUUUCGCAGUCGGAGGUAAUACGAGCCUAUGACACAACGAAACAGAGAAGCACCGACGAAUGGUGAAGGACCGAAGUCACCAGAGUUCCAGUAUUUGCCAUAUCCAGUCAAAUUAAUGCAUAUUUCCUGCGUCUGCCAACAUGGUUGAGUAACAAGAUUAGGGGCCCUUGUAGGUUGUUCACUCAUGUUUCUUGAAGUUCGCGCGUAUUGAGUAGACAUAAGCACUGUGCAACUAUACUCCAUAAAACACCAUCCCACAAAAUUUUCAAAAGGGGCUUAGAUUUUUGUAAACAGAUGCCGAGAAUUAACCUGCAGCCUUUUCAAACAGCUAAUUUACAGUAAAGAUGAGUACUGUUCCUGUGUGUAGACAGAGAGAGAGAGAGAAAUAUUCAAUAUUGUGAACAACCAGGUUGCUCAGCAUGUACUAUAGAUUGAGAAGCAGAGCCUUUGCCAAGGUGUUAUACAUGGUGAAAUUAAAUAUAAUGAGCCUUUGAUUUCCACAAGUGCUAAAGAACCAUUUUAAUUACCUUAAUUCAUGUGACAGAAGAAAGACCGCAAAAGCAAGAUACUAAGAAGGAAUUGGGUUUAAAUGAGCUCGUUUUGCCAAAGAAAUUCCACAUGUCUCCUCCUAGUCCUCAUUUGUAGAACCUUAAGUGAUUAGCGAUAGUUGUCCGGCAUCAGAAAUUGCAUGUUUGAUACUCUGUACUUGAAAAGUUUUACAAUAAUACGAAAACUGGUAGGGUUUGGUUUUGAUGCGUUUGAUUUCAGAUCUGUGGUUCCUUUCACCUUUGGCCUUACAGAAGCCUUUCUUUUUGCGUCCAUGCUCUUUUUCACAGAAGGUGUACAUUCAGCACAGCAUUCAUUUUUUCCUCUUGUCAGGAGUGUGUGUGUGUCUUUGAGACUUGUUAGCCUGCUUAAGGGUCCCGGUGUGGUAACAUUUGUGUGCGAGGUUCAG